UUAAUUUCUCUCUUAUAUUUUGAUUAGUUUUAUUUGUUUAAUCGACAAGAGUAUGUGAAAGACUCUUGAUGAUGUCUCAUAAACUUUGAAAAUUUUGAAGUCAAUCUAUUUAAAUUACCUGGAAAUCAUCCAAAUACACAAAAAGAUGAAGACUCUUGUACAGAAACACUUACUUUUAGACAUUUUCUUACAUAAUGUUGAAACGACCGUACGCUAUCCAUUAUUCAAAGUUGAAACUUAAUUACUCAACUAAAUACGCUGGGACAUACGUUCAAAGUUGAAACUUAAUUACCAACAUCACUAACUUCUAAGAAGCACACAAAUUAAAUACAAAAAUUCAGAAUUUGUUGUUUAGUCCUUUAUUUCAAGGUUUUAUUUUUACGAGCCGACUACAUAUAGUUUCCUAAAUUUGGUUGUUUAAUUCUUAAAUUCAAAGGUUUGAAUUUCCAUAUUUCUUGUUCAAUACAUUAGAUAUAUAUCUCUUCGUUAGUCCCCGAUUCUCUACGCGUUUCGGCGCUUGUCUUCUAGAUAUCUACCUUCCUUCUUUCACGCCUAUAUAAGUCUCUUAUCGAUUCGGCAACUCCUUCAGACAGCGUCGUUUAAAUGGCGCAACAAUCGUUGAUCUAUAGCUUCGUCGCUAGAGGCACUGUGAUCCUCGUGGACUUCACUGAUUUCAAAGGCAACUUCACGUCCAUCGCUGCACAGUGCCUCCAAAAGCUUCCUUCCUCAAACAACAAGGUCAUCUACAACUGCGAUGGUCAUACCUUCAAUUACCUCGUCGAAAAUGGUUUCACUUACUGUGUUGUUGCAGUUGAUUCUGCUGGGAGGGAGAUUCCUAUGGCCUUCUUGGAACGAGUUAAGGAAGAUUUCAACAGGAGAUACGGUGGUGGAAAGGCUGCAACUGCUCAACCAAACAGCUUGAAUAAAGAAUUUGGGUCGAAACUGAAAGGGCACAUGCAGUACUGCAUGGAUCAUCCUGAUGAGAUUAGCAAGCUUGCUAAGGUGAGAGCUCAAGUGUCUGAAGUUAAAGGUGUCUUGAUAGAAAACAUUGACAAGCUUUAUGACCGUGGUGUGAAAAUUGAAAAUUUGGUGGAAAAAACCGCAGACCUUCGUUCACAGGCGGACGUUUACAGAACAAAAGGAGAUCAAAUUAAGAAAAAGAUGUGGUUUCAGAACAUGAAGAUUAAACUCAUUUUCCUUGCAAUCAUCAUUGCCUUGAUCCUCAUCAUCAUCCUCUCAGUUUGUGGUGGCUUCAACUGUUAAAAAUAAUUCUUGAACAUUUCUUCGUCCUCGUUUAUAUAUGUUCGUUGUACUGCUUUUGUUGUGGUUUCUAAAUUAUCAUGCUAUGUUUCUGCUUAGAUUGUACUUGUUGAAAUUGGUUUUGUAUAGGCCGUGUAUGAAUGUUCAACAUUUUGCCAACA